GGCUUUGAUCUGAUCUUUAGGGAACGUGUGUUGGCUUGUCACAGAGCGGCGUGGUCCCUCUGCGGGACUACAGUGCAAUUUUAGGGCACAAUGGCAGGGUCUGUGGAUGCGGUACUGGCUAGAGUAAAGGAUGUGUGCAAGCGGAAUGGACUGCUCAUCCUCUCAGUUUUAUCUGUUAUAGUGGGAUGUCUGCUUGGAUUCUUCCUCAGGACUAGACGACUAACAGAGCAGGAGAUUAGCUACUUCCAAUUUCCUGGAGAACUCCUUAUGCGGAUGCUGAAAAUGUUGAUUCUUCCUCUUGUGGUGUCAAGUUUGAUGUCUGGACUAGCUGCACUUGAUGCCAAAACCUCCAGUCGUUUGGGAAUUUUUACCAUUGCCUACUACUUAUGGACAACAUUUGUAGCUGUGAUAGUAGGAAUCAUCAUGGUUUCCAUCAUCCAUCCUGGGGGUGCAGCUCAGAAGGAGACUACAGAGCAAAGUGGGAAGCCAGUGAUGAGUUCAGCAGAUGCCCUUCUGGAUUUAAUCAGGAAUAUGUUCCCAUCGAACCUUGUGGAAGCCACAUUUAAGCAGUACCGCACCAAGAACGUCCCAGUAAUGAAGCCUGCCAGGGCCUUUCCUUCUGAAAGUUUCACACAUAGAAUUGUAAUCUAUGGGAUUCAGGAUGAGAAUGGCUCACACAUCCAGAACUUUGCACUAGAUAUUACCCCAUCUCCAGAUGUCAUCUACAAGUCAGAACCUGGAACUAGCGAAGGCAUGAAUGUCCUGGGAAUAGUCAUUUUCUCUGCAACCAUGGGUAUAAUGCUUGGACGAAUGGGAACCAGUGGAGUUCCUCUUGUGAGCUUCUGCCAGUGCUUAAAUGAGUCUGUCAUGAAGAUUGUGGCUGUUGCAGUUUGGUACUUUCCCUUUGGCAUUGUAUUCCUCAUAGCAGGGAAGAUCUUAGAGAUGGAUGACCCAACUGCCAUUGGGAAGAAACUUGGAUAUUAUGCUAUUACUGUUCUAUGUGGGCUGGUGGUGCAUGGACUUUUCAUUCUUCCUCUCAUGUACCUUUUAAUUACAAAGAAGAAUCCAAUUGUGUUUAUCAGAGGGGUGCUUCAGGCUCUGCUCAUAGCACUGGCCACAUCGUCCAGCUCUGCUACUCUGCCUAUUACCUUCAAAUGUUUGCUAGAGAAUAAUCACAUAGACAGGCGGGUUGCCAGGUUUGUACUUCCUGUGGGAGCCACUAUCAAUAUGGAUGGAACUGCCUUGUAUGAAGCUGUGGCUGCCAUUUUUAUUGCCCAGGUGAAUAACUAUGAGCUGGACUUUGGGCAGAUUAUUACCAUCAGUAUAACAGCAACAGCAGCCAGUAUUGGAGCUGCCGGGAUACCCCAGGCUGGUCUGGUAACCAUGGUGAUUGUGUUGACAUCUGUUGGCCUUCCUACUGAUGACAUCACUCUUAUUAUUGCAGUGGAUUGGGCACUGGACAGAUUCCGUACCAUGAUUAACGUGUUGGGAGAUGCGCUAGCUGCUGGAAUUAUGGCCCAUAUUUGCAGAAAGGACUUUGCAAAGCAGAAUGAUGAGCAGGUUCCACUGAUUUGUGAGACCAAGCCCAUUAGUCUCCAUCAGAUCAUGGCAUACCAACGCAAUGGUUGUGUGAAGAGCCAUAGUGUCCCACAAUUUUCCCCUACUCCACAGGAGUUCCAACAGAUGCAGGAAGAUCCAGAGUCAGCCUUCCCAGAGACCUCUGAGAGAUGCACAGACAAAGAUCACUGCACUAUAGAAAUCAGCGAACUAGAGACUAAUGUCUAACUGCAGGCUAUAUUGUAUGAUGGUCAUCAGCUGGCCUCACGUGCCUGCAAGUGUUCAUAUUGUGCCAUGCAGCUAGAGGUGGCGUUGGGCUGGUAUCUUGCUGUGCUACCAGAUGUGAUCAGGCAUCUAGUAAUGGAGUUUCAGCAUACAGUGGAAGUCAGUGAUGUUCCUCCACCAUGGGAUCACUUUUAAAAAAUAUAUAUAUAUAUUUUCGUGACUGAAUAAGAGCCUGCUGCUUGUCUCCAAACAUAUUUUCUUGUAACUGUCAAUAUGGCUUGUGGCUCCUACAUAAGAAAAGUAUUGAUGAAGGUACUUCUUUCAGUAACAGAAGGAUGGAGAGUUUAGCUCCUGCAGAUGGUGAAAAUAAAUGGACGAUGAUAUGGUAAUUUCACAAUUUGCAGUUGCAAUUGAAUUGGUAACUCUUGGCCUCCCAAAAUAUAAAAAAGAUAAUAAUUUAUUAAGUACAUAAUACAAUAGAUUUGCUAAGCAUGGAUCAUUAGAGUGUGAGAUUCUCAUGUGAACAUGUUUUGGGUCUGAACUACCUGCAGCUUUUGUUAUUUACCCUCAGUGCCUGGAACACUCUUGUACAGACAAAUAUAUAACUGCACAGGGGUAUGUAGACAACGGUAGAAACUACUAUUGGUACUUGAAGUAUUUUGCUUUGACAUAUCGGAAGGCGCCUGUAUCUUAAUUUAUUCCCUUUAGAGAACAUAACAAUGUUUAGUGUCUUGUUUGAAGUAAAAUGGUAAUGCAUAUGAUAUUCAACAACAAAUAACAUUUUUGUCAAAAAUAAAGAAAUGUGGUUGCCAAUUGAAAUUGCCUUAAUGUCCUGGAAGCUUAUAUAUUUCAUAAGAAAGUUUUACUUUUGCAUGAAUUUUAUUUAGUGCUUGUGCCCUCCAAGCUAUCCUAUAUUAUACAACAUCAAGUUGUAAUGUCUGUUGAACUUGUGCUCAGAGCCUUUAUUAUUAGUUCCAAUGCCACAACUUUAUAAAAACGUGUUUUAUUUUACAACAAAUUUAUACUUUUGUUGGUGUAAAAUAUCUAUAAA